GAGAUUUGUACUUUCAGACUUGCAAGAUUCUGUUAACAUAGCCUUACAAUAAAGUAGAAUUAGUUCAUCUUGUCGAGUUCCCUGUCUGAUCUACUUGGAAGGCUGACAUGAAAGAAGCCAGGAGGGACAAGGACCCAGCCUAUAAGGAGCUGAGCUCAUACUACCAGGAUCACUGUCAACUUCUCAAAUUUCAAAGGUUCAAAAGAAUCCCAGAUGCAAGAUGUUGGCUCAGAUUUCUCAUUAGUGUCUGUCUGUGAUGUGUCCAGCUAUAAGUGAAUAUGAAUAAAUUUAUUCACCAAACCUCUUGCAAGCAUGUUAUAGCACCCUGCAUAAACUUCCUUCUCAUCAUUCCCCAAAAUGACUGGGUCACCUUAAAUAGUGCCACAAGGCAACAUUACAUGGACUCAAUAAGAACAGCGACGUACUGAGCUUCACCAUCCUUAUCACCACAGUGUAGGUUCAGAUCUGGGUUUAUACAUGUGGUCAGUUCAGUCAUUGGUAAAUAGAUAUCUCUUAUGUUGAUUUAUCUGCCAGAACUCCCCUGUGAGAUAUCCUGAAUCUGUGGCCAGAGAGAGGCCACUUGGGUAAUCUUGCUAGCACCCUUACCUAUUCUGUGUACCAGAGAUCAACCAGGUCUACUGUACAUACAACUGCCCAUCAGAUCAUUAGGAAAUUCCUCAAGCACCACUGGAAACCAGUUGGAUCCAUAACAUGCCCAUGGCAGACCAUCUUAAUCAAUUCCUCCCUUUGUGAAGUUCAGAAACUUCAGUGAGCCUCAGAGCCAUCAGAAAGAAAUCAGACAAUGUCAAAUUACUAACAUAAAUGUCCUCCACUUUCGGAUCUCAAACCAACUGUUCUGAGAUUGGUUCUUUUAACAGUCCAGCAACUUCAAUUUAAAUAAAGAUUCACAUGGCUUCAUCUUCAGGUUGGAAUGGCAAAAUGUUGUCAUCCUUUGCUUCUUUUUCCCUCUAUGAGCUGUUGAAAACAAUAUUUUAUUUUCAUUAGAAGCAAAAAUGGUAAUUGAAUUCUUUUCUAUUAUGUUUACAAAUUUGGAGUGAUAAUGUGCCUUAAAAACAUAAGAAACAAUCCUUUUCUCUCUGUUCAAUCUUGCGUUGACUGUAAUGUUUGAAGAAGUUGUUUCAGACCCAGAGAAUGUAGCUUUUGUUGAAGAAAUAAUUAUUCCUUCUCAGGAUCUAGUUGCUUUGGCUGACCAUCUAUCAGAGAAUCAGUUGGAGAUGUUAAGUGAGUGAUCUUGACUCCAGAGACACCUUCUGAAAUUUACUAAGGUUGAACUUUUAUCAACAGACAACUGUCACAUUAUACUUUAAAAGUGAAAGUGUUAGAAAAUAGUAUGCUUUGCAGAAAAAGUGAGGGGAAAACCCCUUAGAUUUAUAAUAUUAGAAUCACAUGAAAGAAUUCAAGCCUCAAACACAACAGAAAUAAUUUAAAAGACAAUAGCUGACAGCCUGCUAAGAUGAAUUGAGUCAUACAAAGCCUAGUAUGUCAUAAACGUGUCUGUGUCUUAAACUUUCCUUAUGUGGAAUAUGGGCAGUCCCUUGUUGUCAUGGAAAAGGGUUUAAACUGGAGAUUUUCUGUAUGCAGCUGUCCAAGUUCAAUCAAGACUUAAAACUUAAAUCCUGUUGUGACAGAAUUCUUUUGGACAUUUGAACAUGACAUUUUGCAUUUAUCUAGGUAAGCACUACUCUGGAAUAUGCUCAGGGAAAAAAUGAUGGUCUUUUUGAACUGUCUUCAAGGGUUGUUAGAAAGCAUGAAGAAUUAAAUCAUGAACAUAGAGGCUGAUCACAGAGGGUGAUCACAGAGUGAAUGUAACAUCAAGCUUCUUUUCCCCCAACAGCUGCACUCUAAAAUGGAGAUGGCCAAUAGAGGACCAAGCUAUGGCUUAAGCCGAGAAGUCCAGGAAAAGAUUGAACAGAAAUAUGAUCUAGAACUGGAAAGUCGUUUGGUGGAUUGGAUUAUUAUACAAUGUGGUGAAAAUAUAGAGCACCCCCCUCCUGGCAAACAACAUUUUCAGAAGUGGCUAAUGGAUGGAACACUGCUCUGCAAGUUAAUAAACAAUCUUCAUCCCAAGGGAAAAGAACCUAUUGCAAGGAUCACAGAAUCAAAGAUGGCUUUCAAACAAAUGGAACAAAUUUCUCAGUUCUUGAAAGCUGCUGAAAUCUAUGGAGUACGAACAACAGAUAUCUUCCAGACAGUAGAUUUAUGGGAAGGAAAAGACAUGGCUGCUGUGCAAAGGACUUUAAUGGCUUUGGGCAGUGAAGCUGUUACAAGGGAUGAUGGAUGUUACAAAGGGGAUCCCUCCUGGUUUCACAGGAAAGCACAGAAGAACCAGCGAGGAUUUUCUGAAGAGCAGCUUCGUCAAGGACAGAAUGUCAUCGGCCUUCAAAUGGGAAGUAACAAGGGAGCAUCCCAGUCAGGGAUGACAGGAUACGGGAUGCCAAGACAGAUCAUAUAGUUUAAACCACCUUUAAACUCUCACUUACCCACUUGAUAGCAUGGCCUGACUGGAAAACACAUAGCUAGUUAAUGUUCAUGCUGAGAUCUGCUUCUAAGUUUUUCUUUCUAAGAUUAUGUAUGUGUGUGUGUGCAUAUGUACACACACACAUGCACACAAUCUUUCAACUUAAAUUGUGGAUCUGUGUGCUUCUUGCGUGUUAGUUCACACAGCACGCUGACACCAUAUGAUGUUCAUUUUUGAACUAUGCAAAGACUAUUUUUCUGUAUUUAUUUGCAAUUUGUUAUUUUCUGUAUCCUUGUCUUAUUGAACUGCCUAUAACAUCUCCGUCCUUUUCUUUUCUUCUCUACUCUAUUCUACUUUCAUCUUCUAAAAAUAAAAAUAAAUUGGGAUGA